AAUAAAUAUUUUGUAACAUUAAAUGUAAUGUUUGUCUCAAAUCGUUAUAAUUAACACUCAAUUGUAUGAAUGGUUUAUAUGAUUAUCAUUUAUAUCUCGUUUGAUCUCAAGAGGCGGUGAAGACAUUGCGGUGACCGACGAAACGAUGGACCAGUCGUUGACACAAAUCCGUGACUUAAAGCACGGGAUGAAGAGUAUAAGUCUGAUCGCCAUUGUCUUAGAAGUAGGUCGUCCGAACACCACGAAAGACGACCACGAGAUCAGGACGUGUAAGAUAGCCGACAGAAGCGGUUCCAUCAAUGUCUGCGUUUGGGACGAACCCGGACUUCAUCUACAAUCCGGUGAUAUCUGUCGUGUUGUCAAAGGUUAUACCUCUCUAUGGAAGGGAUCGUUGACUCUAUACACGGGAAAAGUGGGCAAAAUCCAGAAGAUUAGCGACUUUUGUCUGGUCUUCUCUGAGAUGCCAAACAUGAGUGAACCGAACCCCGAAUUCCAGCCACAGAUCAUCAAUAAAUGACACUAUCAUUAGUGAGAUUUGCAUUACAAUAAUGACCGCAAAAUAUAUUUCUUUUGUACACUUAUUUAUUACCAAAAUAUUAUGUUUUUGUGAUUAUUUUUGUGACAAAUAAUGUUUGAAUAAUUUACAGAAUAAAGUGAUUGUCAAUUAAUA